GCAAUUAAUGCGAAAGUGAGCAUCUCGUUAUUUUAAGAACUCUGCAGCACAAUUCACGAACAAAAUGACAAAAUUAGGGAAAUUAAAAGAUUUGUUAAGGUUUAUUGAUAUCGGAGCAAAUCUAACCGACAGUAUGUAUCAAGGAGAAUAUAAUGGAACCAAAUAUCAUGAACCAGAUUUAGAGGAUGUGUUUCGGAGAGCAAAGUACAAUAAUGUGGAGAAGAUGAUCAUUACAGGAGGAAACUUGGAACAGAGUCGGCAGGCAGUGGCUUUAGCUAAACAGUAUGAAGGAACCUUUGCCACAGUUGGGUGUCAUCCUACACGGUGUUCCGAGUUCCUUGAAGAUCCUGAUCUAUACUUUAAUAAACUUCUCCAGCUUAUACAGGAUAAUCCAGAACAGGUGGUGGCAGUAGGAGAGAUAGGACUAGAUUAUGAUAGAACUGAAUUCUGUUCUCAGGAAACGCAAACCCUGUAUUUCGAACGACAGCUAAAACUUUCUAAACUUACAGGGUUACCCCUGUUCUUACACAAUAGAAAAUCUACUGAUGAUCUACUGGAUAUAUUGGAGAGAAACAGUUCUAAACUAUCAGGAGGAGUAGUUCAUAGUUUCGAUGGAACAGCUUUAGAGAGAGACAGAAUCCUCGAACAAGGAUUCUAUAUUGGUAUCAACGGUUGUUCCUUGAAGACAGAAGAUAACCUUGAAGUUGUGAAAGGUAUUCCUGCAGAUAGAUUACUUAUUGAAACAGAUUGUCCUUGGUGUGAAGUUAGACCAAGCCACGCAGGAUUCAAAUAUAUUAAAACAAAGUUUGAAGGGUACCCAACUGUAGUGAAGAAAAAGUGGAAGGUUGGUGCAACUAUAAAAUCUCGAAUUGAACCACACACAAUAAGACAGGUUUUUGAGAUCCUCUGCGGUGUGAGGGAAGAGGAGGAUGUUUUAGCGUUCGCGGAGCAAAUAUUUGCAAACACGGAGAAUCUUUUCUUCCCUAAACCGGAAGUUGUGGAGGAGACGCUACCGGAAGCACUUGAAUCAGAUCUCAACAUUUCUGAAUCUAAUCCAGAAUCUCCUACGACUGAUUUAGAACCGACGGUCUAGAAAUUAUAGUCUCUGAUCUUCAAGGUUACAUAAAUCUGUAUGCUAUUGCUCA